AUGAGCAGUCGUGUUCUUUUAAGACGUCUCUUUCAACAAAGCCAGCCAACGGUCACUAGAAGAACAGUCAACGCUUUACCUACUAUUGCUCGCAUGUCUAUGAAUGCAAACAGACGAUUAAUUCAAACAAGAUAUAUUCUCUCUGGACAAAACGCGAAAAAGAUGUAUUCUACUUCAUCCACUUCUAUCUCAGGCUUAGAAUCUACUCAAACAGAAGUCAUUCAUAAAAGCAAUUUGGCUGUACGCGAAGUCAUUCUCAACCGUCCCAAGAAACUGAACGCAUUGAGUCUACCUAUGGUUCGAAGCAUUCUACCCGAACUUCAAUCGUGGGAAAAAUCUGAUUUAGCUAAAAUUAUUCUUCUGAAGCACUCCGGAGGCAAAGGAUUCUGUGCUGGAGGUGACGUUAAAACUGUUGUCGAUUUAGCUGAAGCCAAGGAUCCCAAUGCGGCCAAGUUCUUUGAAGAAGAAUACCAACUCGAUCACCUUAUUGCCACAUUAGAGACACCCUUUGUUUCCAUCAUGAAUGGUAUCACAAUGGGUGGUGGUGUUGGUCUAUCUGUACAUGCACCUUUCCGUAUUGCAACUGAGAACACAUUGUUUGCUAUGCCCGAAACUGCCAUCGGAUUCCUUCCCGAAGUCGGUGGUUCUUUCUUUUUACCUCGUCUCGACGGUCAGUUGGGUCUCUAUCUUGGCUUGACAGGCAAGCGUCUUAAGGGCGUUGACGUGUUGUAUUCUGGUGUAGCCACUCACUACGUGCCAUCCUCACGCCUAUCCGCACUCGAGGCUCGUCUGGCCGAACUCGAAGAUCCUACACACGAUAUGGUCAACCAAGCCAUCGAGGAAUUCUCAGCCGAGCUUGAAGCAGAACCUACCUUCUCCUUGGGAGGACCUAUUCGUCAAGCAAUUGACCGAUGCUUCAAGUAUGACACAAUCGAAGAGAUUAUCAAAGCUCUCGAAAAGGACGAACAGACCGAAUGGGCUCAAGAAACACUCAAGCUCCUUCGUUCAAUGUCUCCUACCUCACUCAAGGUUACCAUUCAACAAAUCCGUAAUGGCAGCACACUGAGUAUCUCUCAAUGUUUCAAGAUGGAAUACCAUCUUGUUCAAAAGUUCCUCCAGGGCCACGACUUUAAGGAAGGCGUCUAUGCUACCUUGGUCCGACGUGACAAGGCUAACUGGAAGCCCAGUGAUCUGAAGGAAGUAGAUGCUCGUCAAAUCAAGCAAGACUAUUUUGACUCUCCCUCUCCUCUCCGCUUGGACUUUUUGGUCAAGCGUGAUUAUAAAAAGUAUCCUCAUCGUAAAUACAUGCUGCCCUCCGAGCAAGACAUCAUGCGUGUCGUCACGGGUGAAGCCUCUGAUGUUGGCAACUAUGCUCUCACUCGUCAACAAGUCAUUGAUUACUUUGUUCGUGAACGCCAAGGCAAGCAAGGUGUGAAGCAGAAAGUGGCUGAAGUUUUGGAUAGAAAGACGAUUGAGAUCGAGAAGGAUGCAGACAAGAGCUUGAAAUGGGUUUAUGAAGUUUAA